GUCCAAAAGUGAGAGGGGUAGAACGAUAACUUUGCCGUCGGCGGUUUCGUUAUUCCUUCAUUAUUUCCUCAGUGAUUUGUUUAUUAGCGUCCGCUGUUUCUGCGCUCUUCCCGAAUUAAAGGCAGCCUUUUGUCAUCGUCAUUGUUCGUGUUCGAUUACAGUAUCUGCUUGCCUUUAGUACUGAAAAGUUGUGAAAUUGGGGAGGCAGCGUCUCAGAUUUUUGGGUGGCGAAAGACUGUGAUCAGAACCGGCCGAGGAAAUAUCUGCCUGUUUUUUCCAGGAUGUUAUAUGCUAACUUUUACACAUGGGCUUAUGCUCUUAUUUUAUUGAUACUCCUGAAAGCAGAAGCAAACUUUGUAGAUAUUACAUAUGUUGAAAGUGCUAUACCCAAAGGUGCAGUUUGUUUGGAUGGAAGCCCUCCAGCUUAUCAUCUAUCCCCAGGUUUUGGAUCAGGUGUCAAUAAUUGGUUGGUCCAUCUUGAGGGAGGAGGGUGGUGCAACAACAUAACAACUUGUCUAGCUCGAAAGAACACCCGUUUAGGUUCUUCCGGACAAAUGGCAAAACAGCUUGCCUUUUCAGGGAUCUUAAGCAAUACCCAAUCAUUUAAUCCAGACUUCUACAACUGGAAUAAGGUCAAGGUUCGUUACUGCGAUGGUUCAUCAUUCACAGGAGAUGUAGAAAGAGUUGAUCCUGCUACCAAUCUUCAUUACAGAGGAGCCAGAGUGUGGCUUGCCGUGAUGGAAGAACUACUUGCAAGGGGAAUGAGCAAGGCAGAAAAUGCUCUUCUUUCUGGCUGUUCAGCUGGAGGAUUGGCUUCCAUACUCCAUUGCGACAGCUUUCGCAACCUUCUUCCAGCAAGUGCCAAGGUUAAAUGCCUUUCAGAUGCUGGUUAUUUCAUAAAUGUGAAAGAUAUUUCCGGAGCUGAACACAUCAAGGCCUUCUACAAUGAUGUGGUGACAACACAUGGAUCAGCAAAGAACUUGCCUUUAUGCACUUCAAUGAUUGAACCUGGGAUGUGUUUUUUCCCACAAUACAUGGCUCAGGAGAUAGAAUCACCACUGUUCAUUUUAAAUGCAGCUUAUGACUCAUGGCAGAUAAAGAAUAUUUUGGUACCGACGGUUGCUGAUCGUCAUGGUAGUUGGCAUAACUGCAAGCUUGAUAUAAAGCUGUGCUCUUCAGCUCAACUUCAAAUAAUGCAAGAGUUCAGGCUGGAGUUUCUGAAUGCAGUGAAUGGAUUAGGGACCCCAUCCUCUAGAGGUCUGUUCAUCAAUUCAUGUUAUGCCCACUGCCAAUCGGAAAUGCAGGAGACAUGGUUACUUCCCAAUUCUCCUAUGCUUGACAAGAUACCAAUUGCAGAGGCAGUCGGAGACUGGUUUUACAACCGAAGCGCCUUCCAGAAGAUUGACUGCCCAUAUCCUUGUGACUCGACUUGCCACAACAUUUCUUUACAGGACAACUCAGAAGCAUAGCAAUUAAUUCCUCCUCCAUUCAUUCUUCUAAUUGUCACAUUAUUUUUGUUGCAUCAAUCCAAGCUCGCAUGAGCAGGAAAUAAAUAGUGUCUUCCAGAAUAAGAUUAGUGUCUUGCAUUACAGGACAGUUAUUCACAAUAUAUAUGUACAAGAGUUCAAUUUCUCUUGAUAUUUUACAGAUUUAACAAAGGAAACAAUACAGGCUUAGCAGAUUUUUAUUUU